CAGGCAGACCUCAGUCAGCAUGGGAGCCCUUCUGAGUCUCUGCUGUGUCUUGUGUCUGAUCCCAGAGCAGGAUUGAAUUACAGCAGUGGGCUGCCCUCUGAUCCACCCUCUUCUGCGAAGGGGAAGGAGAGGCUGGCCCUGGUUUCCUUUGCAAGGCUAGACAGCUUCUCCAGCUGCCAGCAUUUUUGCUCUGACAUCUGGAAGAGACUGAGGAGAGGAAGCAAGGACCAGCCCAUCGCUGAGCUGCAGGACCAGGCCAGCCUCUUGCCCCUGGAUGGCCAGAGCUUGGGCAUAGAGCGAGGCUUUGGGGUGACCCAGACACAAGGGAAUAGCAUACCAGCCCUGCUACACAGAGACACCCCAGCGAGGGAGCACCCCAGCAUGUCAGCCAGGGGCCAACUGGUUCAGCUCUCAACUCUGAGGAGCAGCCAGGCAUAUUGGACCAGUCCAUACAGGCAUUGACAGUCAAUCGAGAGGGUCAGUCCUCUCCAGAGGAGUCUCCCCAGAGCCACGGGGCUUCAUGCAGGGCCUGCUGGCUCCCAGCUCUCUGCCGACUGCCUCUGACAUCAAAGCCAACUCAACCACAGCCUUCUGGUCUGAAUUAAGCCCGGCUGCUUGCCGAAGCUGCAUUCUUUGAGCUUUGCUCCUGCUUCCCCCUCCAGCCCUGACAGUGCAUUCCACCACCCGCUCCACCUCCUGCGUGGGCCGGAAGCAUCUGCAUCCCACACGGAGCCUGACAGCAGCACCAAACUGCUGCUCUGUGCCUUCCCGCUGGCUGCCCAGGACCCCCAAGCUCUCUCCGCACCCUGCGACCACCCAAGGACUUGAGCCAUCACAGGGGGUAGUCUGUCUGUCUCUUGGAGCUGGAGAGCAGCCCCCUGGACCAGAGCACCUCCACUGCUCCUGUCAGGGCCUUACGGGACCCCCUGUGAGAGGGGUGUGAGGUGGAAAUGGGGCUGGUUAGAGCCUGCUGCUUGGCAUUGCCCUGUCUGCUCCUGGCACUGCUGUGGCCCAAUCCAGCCCAGCUCCAGACAGUUCUGACGGAUGAUGAGAUUGAGGAAUUCCUGCAAGGCUUCCUGAAGGAGCUCUCCCCUGAAGGCGAGGAGAAGACGGAUGUCCAGCCCCCCGAGGCUGGGGGGAGGCUGAGACCUGAAGGAAAGGACAAGGACAAGGACAAGGACAAGGCCAGCAGAGCCCCCACAAAGGUGGAAGGAGGGACCCCUGGGAAGGUAAGAGAAAAGCCAAAGAAAGGGAAGAAAGAGAAGGGACCCAAACCCACCAAGAAACCCAAGGAGAAGGCACCCAAGGGCUCCAAGAAAGACAAAGAGAAAGUGCCCAAACCCACCAAGAAACCCAAGGAGAAACUUCCUAAGGGCUCCAAGAAGCCCAAAGAGAAAGCUCUCAAGCCCACCAAAAAACCUAAGGAGAAGCCUCCCAAAGCCACCAAAAAGCCAUCAGGAAAGAAAAAGCUUGAGGCAACACCCUCUGUCCAACCUGAGAAGGAAGAGAAGGACAGGUACUAUCAGCCUGAGCAUCCCCUGUUCCCUCCCCCUGCCAGAAAGGAAGAUGACUAUGGGGUGGCCGAGCCCUCCAGGCUCCCCUCACCGUAUGAUGAUGAGGAGGAGAGAUCCCGGGUGUAUGGGGAACGGGACAGAGGUAAGCCCCACUGGCUGCCCAGCCGGGUCACCCAUCACUGCACACACAUAGCUUGUACCCACCCUGCCUUGACCCACAGCCUGCCCCCUCCCCAGCACCCCAGGGGGACACGAGACUCCCGCUGUGCAGGACAGUCUUGCCCUGAGAAGGUCCAGUCAGCAGCUAUCUCCCUGCUGGCCCUCAGACACAGGGUGAGGAGAGGGGCACUGCUCAGACUACCUUGGGCAUGACGGAGCAAAGCCAACACCUGAACUAGCACCUAGGAACUUGCCAGCUCUGCACAAGGGGCUCUUUCCUAUAUGCUCCAGAUUCCUUUCUUUCAGUUCAGGAGGCCAUGGAUAGCUACAGAGACAUGAAUGCCAAUAUGUAUACAGACACGGUUCU